GAAUAUUAUAAACAUGUCUUCCUAUGUAAAUGUUCAAGAAAAACGCGUGGAAUUCUGCUAGAUCAGUGGGAUUAUUCACUGCCCCUCUUAUGUUUGCUGGAAAGCCCCUAUUCCUAAUUUGGACUUGACUGGGGUGUGACCUUAAUUUCCAAUUCUGCCAACAUGAAUGGACAACAAAAUCGCGGACGAUCGGGGAAAUGAACAUAAUAUUCAUUUUACGUGAAUGUCAGCCCUGCAAGGCGGCACCCGUGCCUUGUCGAACCCUCUGGUGAAUAUAAAACUCUUGAUCGAUUGCUGAAUUUCAUGAAUAGUAAACGUUUUUAGGAGGCGAUUUAGCAAUGAUGGACUCCUCUUGGCUGGUGUUGAACGCUUUUGGCGGUGUCUUAUUGACUAUCGCGAUUGUACGAACCUUUGCCUUCGUUUCCGAACUAUGGCAGCACCGAGCAUUAAUAAAGAAAUUGGAGAAAAUGGGGAAGCCGAUGCCCGCGCACAGUAGUAUUCUAGGGCAUCUCCUCGCUGCGAAAACUGCUAGCGAUGAGCUUCCACCAGGUGCUCACAGCGCUUAUAUCCUAGACCGCAUAGCUAGAAAAUUAGAUGGGAAAUAUGGUCCGCCAGCAUAUUACUUCGACAGCUACCCUGUGAGCAUCCCUAUGCUCAUGGUAAGAGAUCCGUACAUUGCCAAUCAAGUCACCGGCCACCCUUGGACUUCUGCUCAGAAGCCAACAAGCCUCACGGAAUGGUUCGCACCCAUUUCAGGAAAAGGGGGUAUCAACCUCUUCACCCAAAAUGAUCAGGAAUGGAAACACGACCAUAACCUAUUCUUACCCUUCUUCAACAAUAGCAAUCUCGAUGCUACCAUGCCUAUUAUAAUCGAGCAGAUGCUUGUUUUUCGCGAUAUUCUCCGGAAGAAAGUUGAAGUGGGAGAUAUUUUCCGUCUGGAACCAAUGACGCUCUCGCUCAUGAAAGACAUCAUUGGCCGCGUAGUCUUCAACACCGAGUUGGGAAAUCAAACAGCCGGCUCUCAUCCCCUUUCCGAGGCCAUGCUGCAUCAGCUCGAUUUGAAGUUCGGUGCGAGCAACGUCAUGGACAACAUUGGUCAACUUAAUCCGCUCAGGGCGUUCAGUGUUUGGAACAACAGUCGCAUUCUAAAUCGACACAUUGGUGCCCAAGUAGCGAAGCGGACCGACGCUUUUCGUGAAGCUAAGGCGCGACACGAGCAGUCAGCUUUCAACUCGAUACUCGACCAAGCUCUUGAAACCUAUUACUCCCAACCAGACCACAAACUAUCCGACCCUCUCGAUAAGGAUUUCAUGAGCAGUCUAUGUGCUCAAUUACGUAUGUUUUUCUUCGCCGGCUAUGACUCUACAUCGAGCACGAUGGUCAGCUGCUGCUACAUGAUCUGGACCCACCCCGACGUGCUAUCCAAGCUCCGCGCCGAACAUGACGAGGUCUUCGGAAGAAACGUCGCAGCCUGCCCAGAUAUGAUCACCGAAAACCCCUCCAUUCUCAACUCUCUUCCGUAUACCUUGGCAGUAAUCAAGGAGACAAUGCGCCUUUUCCCUCCCGCAAACGGCAUCCGCAUGGGGUGCAGGGACCUAGUGCUCAAGGAUCGUGAUGGGAACGAGUAUCCCACCGAAGGAUGCUGCGUGCAAACCAGCCAUUUGAGCAUCCAUCGAAACCCCGAAUGCUGGCCUCGACCACUCGAGUUCCUACCAGAGCGCUUCCUCGUCGGUCCAGACCACGAGCUCUACCCAGGCAAAGGCGCGUGGCGCAUUUUUGAGUAUGGUGUGCGUAACUGCACAGGCCAGGCGCUCGUCUUGAAGGAAGUGAAGGCUUUCCUCGCCGUGGUAUGCAGGGAGUUCGACUUCCAGGAGUGCUACGAUGAGGUUUAUGCUGGUGAGAAGACAGACCUGGCGAAUGUGGACAAUGAGAAGGCGUAUCUUAUAGAACAUGGCGCCGCGCAUCCGCGGGGCGAGUUCCCGUGUAGGGUGUCGUUGAGUGGGUACGUUCCUGGUGAGCACAGUAGUGAUGAAAUUUGAUGUCUCUUCCAGGAUGUAUUCGCAGUUAACUACUGCAAAUACGUUAAUCUGCAAAAUACAUACCUGUAAUUUAUGUUACGUUUCUCCUAUUAUAAACUGACCCUGGAAAGCAAUGACUUGAGAGUGAAAAGGCUUUAUAUAUAAAGUGACCAAAUAUAUACUCGCAGCAAUAUAAACUCACUCACAC